AUGAAGGGCGAUACUGGACGGGUGAUGCUGGACAUGGAGCGGGAUCGUCGUUGGACUAGUAAAAUCGACACGGAGACAGGGAGAACAGAACUAGGCCGAAGAACACCAAAUCGGCUCACUACGAGUCUUCGAGGUGAAAUACACAACGAUUCCGCAACUCAGGCUAGCGACAACAAGUAUAUGCGGCAGCAGGCCUCUUUAAUGGGAACAAAGGUGCGGCAACCGGCAAAACAUUCCUCGUUCAGUGGCGUUGCGGCCAUCUCAAGCGCAUGUCGCCGUCCACGACGAUACUUCCCAGGCUACGCCUUAUAUAAGAUGUUAUUGGAGACGUGGCUUAGUGCUGGUUCCGCUUCGCACAACAUCCAAGUAUCAACUUUGGAACAUGAGUUGCUACGGUCGAGUAAUUGA